CCCGCUCAUUCCCCGCUCCUCCACGCUGUUUCCGGGAGCCGCGGGCAGGUGAGGAGGCGGCGGCGGAGCGGGGGUGGCCGCGAUGAGGCUGCUGCUGCUGGCGUGUCUGCGGGCACGGACCGGCAACGCCACCACCGCCGCCAGGAUACAGGGUCAUCUACAUGCUGCAGGUCAUAUCUGUGUUCUUAAAGAUGCUUUCAUGUAUGAAAGUCCAGCUGAAAUUGCCGAUCUAACCUCCACAGACAAGUUUGAUGCAGCCCUGGCCAUUCAUCUUUAUAAAGGAGGCAGACUUCUGCAAGGGAGCAGAAUUCCUUUUGGGAUCAUCUUUGGUGGGACAGAUGUAAAUGAAGACAUCAGAUGUGAAGAGAAACGUCGGGUAAUGGGAGCAGUGCUAGAGGAAGCCAGGUUUGCAGUGGCUUUCACAGUGGAAAUGAAGGAACUGGCAGCAGCAGAGUGGCCAGAGGCGAGGAAGAAAAUAUAUGUCCAAACUCAAGGAAUUAAGACAACACCCAGUGAAACAUUUGACUGGUACAGAUUUCUAGAACAUGCAGACCUUCCUACAGAUACAGACAGUUUACAUCUCUUUCUUUUGAUAUGUGGACUUCGAAGAGUAAAAGACCCUCUGUAUUUACUGGAAGUUUUUUCUGAUUGGCACAGAAAGGAUCCCAGUGUUCAUCUGGGCAUUAUUGGACCUGCAGUCGACCCGCUUUUUACCAGCGAAGUUAAGGAAAAAGUUAAAAGGGCACCUGGAGUACAUUUAUUGCAGGAGCUGCCCCAGGAUGAUCUCCACGCUGCUAUGAAGAGGUGCUUUGCCGUGGUGAACAGCUCCAUUUCAGAAGGGAUGUCUGCUGCCAUUCUGGAGGCAAUGGAUUUAGAAGUUCCAGUGCUGGCAAGGAACAUUCCAGGGAAUGCAGCCAUAAUAAAACAUAAGGAAACAGGACUGCUGUUUUCAAAUCCCCAGUUCAGUGAACUCAGACUAGGUGUCAGCCUUGCUGAAGGUUUGUGCUGCUCAGAGCUGCCAGCCACCUGUUGCACUGGAGCUUGAAGGCUCCAUAACCAAACCCUGGAAGAGUUGCUCUGGAUUUGUUGGGUUUGCCUUCAGGUAACAAAUGAAAUGCAAACUCGCAUCAGACAAGCUGUGGCUCACCAGAGGAGACCGAGGAGCCUGACGUUUGAAACAAUACAUUUUCAGUAGUUUCUAGCAGGAAGUGUUAAUAUAAUGCAUUCUUAGGUGCAAGAUACUGCUCAGUCAGAAAAAUUAAUCAUGAGAAUUAAGUAAAGUAUUCAGAUGAAGUUUCUGUGAAGAUAAGUAAGAGGUGGGAGAGAGGGAGCACUACCCGUAUUUAAAUGCUGGAAAUUUUCAUUUCACUGGAUUUUCCUGCACUGGGGCUUUGCUGUUCCAUAUUCAUAGAUGCUCUGGAAGAAGACGUUCAGCCACAGAUUCCCUCAGUAUUUUAUCCAAGUCAAGAUUUAAAAAAACAUACUAGAAUAGUCCACUUGAUGAUUUUGCAAAGUAGAAAAGGUAUCAUAUUUAUUUACUUUGUGGUGUGUGGGAUUAAUGCAUCCUAUUAAGUUGUGUUUCAGGAAGAUGAAUCCUCUUGGUUAGUUUUGGAGGUUUUUCUUGAUAGAAAAAUUCUUGCAACGGUGGUUUUGUUUAUUUGUUCUGGAAUAUUCAAUGAUUCCAAUGAUUUCUACAAAAAAAAAGAAAUAUUUCUUUGAUA